AUGGGAAUGAUUUACCUCGCUACCUCAACGCUUAAGUGUGUUGAUCUGGUCCUUGCUUGGUGGCGUAAUAAUGUCCACACCCGCGGUCCUGCUGACGCCCCCUGGUACAACCAUCACGCGGCGGAACGACCAUUAUUGCCCGGCGAUAAACUCCCCGCUCUCAGCCUGCCGACAGCAACCCAGGGUCUUUCCCGAACCGCGUAUCACGAUUCACCUGUGACCAAUUCCACCAAUUCUAGCGCUCGCACAAGUCUAUCUGGUGCCUCCCUCCCAGGUAACGAGCCCAGGAGCCCCCCAUCAUCUACGGAUCUGUCAGGGACCCAGGGACGGCUUUCUUUGGAUUCCUCCGCCCCGACGGAAUACAGUAUCGCACCUUCGGUUAACGACGGUUACUAUCCCAGCCCGACCUCUCUCGGCAGCAUGAACCAGAACCAGCCGUACAUGGAUGUCCACUCGCACAUGUCCACUGCUCAGCCAUACGCUCCUCAAGGCGCUACCGCAGGCACAAUGACCCAGUAUUCGUACCACGGGCAGCCGCCCGUAAUGCAGCCCGCACCUUCUUACCCACCGGCUGGUUACCCUCAAUAUGGAUACUCAAAUGGCGUCACAUCCCCUCCAGGACACCCGCCGAGCUCCAUGGGUGGCCAGAUGGCAACUCAGCUGCUGCCGCUUCCAGGUAAGCUUCAGAGCAUGAACAUGCACGACGAUUAUUCUGAUCGGUAUCAUCAUCAAGUGAGCAAUCACUCAAACGUGGCCGCCCCGCCUGGAUAUGGGAACACCACCGGUGCUCCGCUACAAGGAUACGUCUAUGACCCAACCGGUCAGAUGUCACCGCCUGGGGCUAAGCCGCGAGUGACAGCUACUUUGUGGGAAGACGAGGGGAGUCUCUGCUAUCAGGUGGAAGCAAAGGGAGUUUGCGUUGCUCGACGAGAGGACAACCACAUGAUUAAUGGUACAAAGCUACUGAAUGUGGCUGGCAUGACCCGUGGUCGUCGUGAUGGAAUCCUGAAGAGCGAAAAGCUGCGUCAUGUAGUGAAAAUUGGACCCAUGCAUCUCAAGGGUGUCUGGAUCCCAUUCGAGCGUGCUCUGGAAUUUGCCAAUAAGGAGAAAAUCACCGAUCUGUUGUACCCGCUCUUCGUGCACACCAUCAGUACUCUCCUCUACCACCCCGCCAAUCAGUCAGGGACCAACCGGGUGGUGCAAGAGUCCCAACAACGACGCCUGGAAGGGCCUCCUCCGGCUCCUCAGCGUACGCCGUCCGGCUCUCAACCCUCACUCCAUCAUCACCACGCCUUGCAGACGCCCAUGUCCUCUCACAUGUCUCAAGGCCCAAUGAGUGGCCAUGGCUCUAGACCCGGCCUUGACCGUGCCAACACCUUCCCCACACCGCCAGCCAGCGCAUCCAGCCUGAUGGGCGCCAAUCAAGGCGGUUCAUACGAAUGGGGCGGACCAGUCCCACACACACAGCCCUUGUCUAUUGACACCACGUUGAGCCACCAACGCUCAAUGCCCACCACCCCCGCAACUACCCCUCCGGGCAACAACAUGAACGUCUUGCCUUCCUACCAGGGGCAGGGCUACGACAGUUCGAAGCCAUACUACUCCGCGGCACCACAAACGCAUGCCCAAUACGCACCGCACACACCACUGACCCAAUCAGGCAUGUCCAGUUACGGCCACUCUCUUUCCGGCGGGUACAUGAAGAGCGAAAUGGCGCCGCCCAACCCGCGCCCCGGCGCCUCGGAGCCAGAAUCCUCCGAGCGUGACACCAACCGCUACAGCCAGAGCAACGGGUCAGGGGAACCAGCCCAGGAGCACGAACAAGAGUACCUGCAAGACCACAAUUCCGGUUACAACUCCAACCGCGGCUCCUAUACAUACACCACCAACCCUUCCGUUAACUCGCUGAGCGGCGAUCACUCCCAGCUCACGCCUGAGAUGACCAGCUCGCCGAGCCAGCAGAACGGUUCCGGUCGCAUGACCCCGCGUACAAGCGGCGGCAACGCUCCACACUGGGCUUCGGGGUAUAACACCCCUCCUCGUCCCGCCGCCACUACCCUGUACAACGCUGCUGUCAGUGACACCCGCGGCACGCCCGCCAAUGGGAGCACCGACCCAUACUCCAUGGCGUCGACCUCGACUCCGGUCUAUGGGGUUGGAAAUGGCUCGCUGAGCGCAGGCAACAAGCGUAUGCGCGAGGAUGACGAAGUCCGUCCUGAGAGUACCACCGAGUAUGACACCUCAAAGCGUCGCAAGACGAUCACCGAAGCUCCCCUUGGUGGUCCAGUCGGCGGGCCGCCUAUUCUCCAACCCAUGAAGCCCAGCGCGGCUAUCGGUCGGCAUCGGUGA